AUGUCUGGGCGAGGAAAGGGAGGAAAAGGACUUGGCAAAGGAGGAGCAAAGAGGCACCGAAAGAUCUUGAGAGAUAACAUCCAAGGCAUCACCAAGCCAGCCAUCAGACGUCUUGCUCGACGAGGAGGUGUCAAGCGUAUCAGUGGACUGAUCUACGAAGAGACCCGAGGAGUGCUCAAGAACUACUUGGAGAGCGUGAUCAGGGAUGCUGUAACCUACACCGAGCACGCCAAGAGGAAGACCGUUGUAGCCAUGGACAUCGUCUACGCCCUCAAGAGACAAGGCAAGACGUUCUUCUACCACAACAACUACAACUACAACCAGAUGUCAGGCAAAGGAGGAAAAUCGAAGAGCGGCAAAGUUGGAGCCAAGGCCAAGACCCGAUCAAGCCGAGCUGGACUGCACUUCCCAGUUGGACGAAUCCACCGAUUCAUCCGCAAGGGCAACUAA